CAGAAAUGAAUGGCCCCUUCUUAUCGUCGUGCCAUCCUCACUGAAAUAUCCGUGGAUUGAAGAAAUGGAGAAGUGGAUUCCAGAGCUGGGCCCAGAAGACAUUUCAGUCAUUGAGAACAAGGCUGAUGUUGGGAGAAUAGCGUCUUGCAAAGUGACAGUUUUGGGGUACGGCUUGCUGACUUCCGACGCCACCACGCUGAUAAACGCUCUCUACAAACAGCACUUCAGAGUGGUUUUAGUGGACGAGUCACACUACAUGAAGUCUCGUAAUGCGUCUCGCAGCAAACUUCUCCUGCCGAUUGUUCAGAGAGCGACAAGAGCACUCCUGCUCACCGGGACGCCGGCGCUUGGAAGACCCGAAGAGCUUUACAUGCAGAUCGAUGCGCUUUUCCCCAGACGAUUUGGAACUUGGACGGAAUACGCCAAGAAAUAUUGUAACGCGCAUGUCAGGUACUUCGGAAACAGGACUCAAUGGGAUUACCGAGGAGCCUCCAAUUUAGAGGACUUACACCAACGAUUAAGUAGUAUUAUGAUCAGGCGAUUAAAGAAUGAGGUUUUAACCCAGCUACCUCCUAAAAUCAGACAGCGCAUCCCGUUCGACCUGCCGAAAGAUGUAGCCAAGGAAAUGAACACCAGCUUUGAAGAAUGGGAGAAACUGAUGAGAUAUCCCGAAUCAAUGGCUUCAGAUACCUCCAACCCGUUCUUUCAAGUCAUGGGGCUCAUCACACGCAUGUUUAAGCAAACUGCACUAGCUAAGGCUGGGGCCGUGAAGGAUUACGUUAAAAUGAUGCUGGAGAAUGACAAGCUGAAGUUCUUGGUGUUUGCGCACCAUCUCUCCAUGCUGCAGGCCUGCACAGAGGCUGCCAUAGAGAACAAGGCUCGUUAUAUCCGGAUUGAUGGCAGCGUCCCAUCAUCGGAAAGAAUACACCUUGUGCACCAGUUUCAGAAUGACCCAGACACGAGGGUGGCUAUACUGAGCAUCCAGGCUGCUGGGCAGGGACUGACGUUCACAGCUGCCACUCACGUUGUUUUUGCUGAGCUCUACUGGGACCCCGGCCACAUAAAGCAAGCCGAAGAUCGAGCCCACCGCAUCGGACAGAGUAACUCCGUGCACAUUCAUUAUCUGAUCGCCAAAGGGACCCUUGACACUCUGAUGUGGGGGAUGCUGAACAGAAAGGCAAAGGUUACGGGUAGCACCCUAAAUGGGAAGAAGGAAAAAAUCCAUGCUGAAGAGGACAACAAGGAAAAGUGGGGCUUCUUAAGUUUUGCCAAGUCGUGGACCCCGAAUGAAGACUUGGAUGACCUGAAAGACCAGAUACUCUUUACGCAUUUUGAAAAAGAGAAACAACAUGACAUCCGGACCUUCUUCUCACCCAAACCUGAUUCUGACAAAAAACGCAAGAGGACAGAGGAAGAUCCAGAGAUUUCGGUGCUACAUGAGGAACAAGAAGAGGAGUCUGCUGUGCAGGAAGUGUCCAAUGUGGGUGCAGAAGUUUCAGGAGACAUCAGUGAGGUGAUAGACGUGGAUGCACUAUUUACAGAUGAAGAUUUUGAACAAGAAGCCAAGCGUUUCAGGCCCACAAGUACACUGACUCCCAAAUCCACCCCAAAGACUCCGCGUGUGGGGAAGAGAAAGUCCUGGAGUGGAAAACCUUCUGCUUUGUUCUCUUCGCCUAAAACACGGGGUCUUUCUGAAGGUACCACGCUCACACCCCCGAGGCCUGCACUCUCUGAGAAACAUUGGGACUGUCCGAGUUGCACCUACACCAAUAAUGUCUUGCUGCCUUACUGUGAGAUAUGUGAAAGUCCCAGGAGCAAACAAUGUGAGAAAGUUACUUCAAGUCGGAGGGGGUGGGUAGGUGGGUGCGUUCAAGAGGAGAAGGAAAAUCAAAGUCAGAGUGAUGGGGAUAAUGAGCCUGUCGACUGUGCUCGGCAGGAGUCGCCCCCCGCUCCAUCGAGCGACUUACAGGGGGAUCAUUUACUAAACACUCAAAACAAGAACUCGGAAGGCCACCCCGGGGAGGACUCAACAGCCACCGAACCAGAGCAUUGUCACAGCUCCACUGCCUUUCCAGCGUAUGAUGGAUUAAUGUUCUGUGCCAGUAGGCACACGGACCGCAUCUAUUUAUAUAGCAAGGAUGGAGAACCACUGAACUGUAAUUUCAUUCCUUUGGAUAUUAAAUUGGAAAACUGGGAUGACUUACCCGAAGCAAUGCAGCAGAAACCAAACAGAUCCUUGGUUCUGAGGUUCGUCAGAGAAUGGAACAGUUUGACAGCCAUGAAGCAGCGUGUAAUCCGGAAGAGCGGUCUGAUCUUUACCAGCCCUGUCCUGGCCGUGGGUGAGAUCUCCAAACAGCAGUCAGCGCACGUCAGCACCAAGAGGUACCUGACCAAAGAGGAUGUUGCAGCUGCUUCAUUAAGGAAAGUUCAGAGCAGCGGGGGGAGCGUGCGUCUUGUCAGCAGGGAAUGUACAUCGUCAGUCAAAGGGAAGGUGUCUGUGGGUACAGCUGCAGGACCCCCCACCCGGACGGAGAGUGCAAACGUUCCAGGAGCCGACGGGGCCCGGGCGGACGGAGGGGAGGAAGACCCGGCUCAGCAAGGUUAUCUGCAGGUGCUGGACGAGGCCGGGAACCCUCUGUGCGUGCGCUGCCAGGAGCCCUGCCCUCGCGCGCUGGAUUCCACGCCUGCCUGGGAUUCACGCUUUUGCUCGAGAAAGUGCCACGAUGACUUCCUGAUCCGCUCAAGCCAGAGUUACAUGAGGGCGAAGGUUUUCGAAACUGAGCACGGCGUGUGCCAGCAGUGCUGUUUAAAUGCACACGAGCUGUUCCUGAGUGUGCGGGACGCACCCAAGGGCCAGAGGAAAACGCUGCUGCAGAGUACCUGGAUGGCACAGCUACCGCUAGACCAGCUCAAUGAACUCAUCUGCAACCCCACUGAAGGCCACUUUUGGCAAGUGGACCACAUUAGGCCGGUGUAUGGUGGGGGAGGUCAGUGCUCGCUGGAAAAUCUGCAGACCCUGUGCACCGUCUGCCACAGAGAGAGAACAGCUCAGCAGGCAAAGGAAAGGAGCCAGAUAAAGAAACAAUCCAUGGCCUCGAAAUACGGCUCCGAUAUCACUAAAUUCUUCUCCAAGGUCUGACAUUUCACUGUGAUUCCCGCUUCCCUCUCCCCUGCACAUGUCUUAUGUGUGUCUCAGGUUUUUAUGUUCUUCUGAUUCAUGAAUACAAUAAAAAGAUUUAUCUGGGUGAGU